AUGGAGGACCCUCUUAUUCAAGCAUUGCCUCCGGCUACGGACUAUCUGACCUAUCUUACUCUGUUAGAGUAUCAGUUAACUCCAGAACGUCUGCCACUUUUGCACACUCUCCUGCAAGAUGAGAAGCUCACGACGAACAUCGGCUGGGAUCUGGUUAAGCUGCUCUUACCUAUGCUACCAGCUUCCACGGAAUGCCUACAGGAUGUGGCUCGACUAGGCAAUCCCCGAGAAGUAAUCUUACGCGUCUCUGAGUCUCUGAUGCAACUUCACCCGGAGGAGGAUGAGGAUGACGAUGAGAAGGCUGAUAAGGGACUGCCCCUGCACAUCAUACAGUUCAAUUGCCUUCUUGGAAUGCUUUCUGUACUUCAUGCCCGGAUCCAGACAAAAUCUCCAAGCCGUUUCGUGGCAACCUCACUCCAGGCAUCUCUCGAAGCGUAUACGGCAAUGGCGACCAACGAAACCACCCUAGCUUUCCUUGAGUUCUUCCGCGAAGUGUCUCCCUCCAAGCGGCCUGCCCCACCUCCCAGGGCUGCUAGCGAGUCAAGCAUACUAAGGGUUGCUGCUGCCUCAGCCCCAGACCCAGAAGCUGAGGUAUCCUCGCCCUCACCGUCUGCCGAUAACGAGACCCUUCUUGUUCGGAAAUUCAUACAGUUCGGCUUGCUUGAGCUAGUGAAGUCAUAUCUCUUGAGCUUCUCUAGUCCUAUGGACCCGGGAAUGUCGUGGACUAUUCGAAUGCAGGAGCACCUGCAUCCGGAUCUACGGCUACCUGCCGCCCAAUCGCAGACCGAGGCAUAUGGAUCUACCAAGGAGCUCAAGGAGCGUGACAUGAUUAUGGGAAAGAUUAUGGCUUUAUCACGAGACGUUGGAAUUGAUAACGAGGAACUCUUGUCAAUCAUAUCAAGAUCCCCGGCAGAUCAAACCGCUCAACUUGAUUUCGAUGAACCGCCAACAAACCCCGAUCAGAUCCCACUAGAACGACAUGGUUCACUCCUACUACUAGCAGCUCGGGCUGCAGGCGCGACCCUCUUUGCAUCUGGACAACCGCUCCGUCAAGUAUCUGUCUUCCCCGAGCUGGCUCAGAUAUUUAACAACUUUGUGGGCGGCCACACCAAUCUCGACGAAGUGGCUUUCGGUCAACCUCAUGCGCUUCUCGACUCGCUGUUGGCUUUGACCGUCUACGCUCUUCAACAGCCCAUUAAACCACCACCAAGCGAUACCGAGUUCAUGGAUUUUGUUGUCACUUUGACCGCAUGCACAGCACGCCAGAGCCACGGCAUCGUCCGCCAAAUUCCGGCCACCAUUGUCCAGAGCCAUCCGUCGCCUGAGACGCGGUUUAAGCUCAUCCACAAGGUCUUGGAAGAUGACCAUCUUACCUCAGCGCGGGAUAGCGCCAUUGCAUGGCUGAAGGAUGAACUACUUCGCCCCAGCCAAUCAUCCGACAAUAUAUUCCAAGAUCCGCUCUACUUCUGGGCUCUAUUCCCGGCUCUGUUCAAACCGGUCACUGCCGCCAGCUCAGCAUCCGAUCUCGUUGCUAGCUGGUCCUGUCUGACACAGACUGAAGGCCCACAGCUUCAUUCCGCGUUGAGUUUAUACUACUUGCUGCUUUCCUCGCCAUCGCUACGCGACCAGCUUCAUCUUGAAAAGACCGUCAAGUUCUUCCGCGACCAUGUUCUGAACCCUCUCCGCCAAUUAUUCCAGAGCUUCGAGGGCGAUCUCAACGCCAAAGGAGGCAAGGGUGUUAUCGAGGCUGCAGUUGGAGAGGAAAUGUGCCAGAUUGGCAAUGCACGGUCUGUUGGACUUAUUGGUCUUACGCUAGAUCAGAUUGAGGAGACAGCCAGCGAUGCAUUUGGUUCCGACGAAGGGGAUCUGGGUGAAUAUUCUCAGACCGAAGAGGCCAAGGUGUCUGAGAUUCGGAAUAAGGUUGACAUCUGGCAAUAA